CAAGCCUGGCUCCCCUGGAAUAUCCAUUAGCAAACUCCAGGGGUUCAGCUGGGCUCGUGCACAUUUGGGCUUGGAGAAAAGCAGACAGACACAAAAUGUGAAUAUAGAUAAUGAGGAGACUUGGACAUUAAGAAACACACUGUACUGUGGAUUAUGUGGCACUUUAAUGAACUCUGCACUCGUGCACCACUUUGAAAAAUAGUUACUGUAAAGCAGAAUUGCUCCAACUGUGAUCAAUCGGGUCAUAACUCAGUCCCCGGGUGAUUCAUUGGAGGUUCAGGGAGAACUGAUGGGCUAAAGAUGCUUUCUCUGCUCAUUACCAUUGGAAAAUAUUAUGUUUUCCAUACAAGCAAUUGCUGUAGUGCCCCAGGGAAGGAGUGAGAUUGGGCCAGGAGGGCGUAUUUCUCUUCAGGAGGAACAUUUUGGAAAGCUGCUGUUCUGUAUGUCCAUAUUUAUCUUGGGUUACACAUGAGUGAUUACACACAGAUUUUUUUUUUCCUCCCAGUAAUUCAUGAAACAAUCCAUAGGAAGCAUAAGAACGUGCUGGUUUUAAGCAUUAAAAAGAGUUGUUCAUUUAAAUGAGAAACAAACAAAACAGUUUCUCCUACACCCAAUAAUUAACACUGAAGAAUUAGCCUUGAGGUGAGCACUGACUGCGUCUUUAGAGAGCUUUACUGAAAUAGCAGCUAGAAAGUAAAUUCCAGCAAGGAGCUAUUUUAUAUCUAGUGGCAGCUAAAAAUAUGGUUAUUUCUGUUCUUGGAGGAAAUGGGACUCUGCUGAAAGCCAAUCUACCUGAACCCAACACACUCCUCUCCGUGGAGAAAUGCUCUAAUUCCGUGACUGCUCUGAACAUCCCCACACGACAGGGUUUGAAACCAGCAGCUCUUUCAGAGAGGGCUGGGAGAGGCAAAGGGAGCAAAAUGAAACGUGUUGGUGGUACUUACAUUAAAUUCAGCUCUUACAAGAAGCAUUUUCCUGCAAGGAAAGAGGGCUCUGUCCCUGCAGUUUCAUUCUUUUGAUCGUGUGGAUAUUUUUUGAGUGUUUGACCCUUAGGAUCGUGUUCACUUUUUGCUCCCAGGCUCUAUAAGAUGGUGCCAAGGCCCCUCUGCUGAUGCCUGGCCGUGCUCCUUCACCAUCCAGAGAUGAAGGCCAGCAGGAUGCAAGUUUGUCUGAUCCUCCUUUGGACAACCCACUCAGUUCAGCUCAACACACCCCAAGCUGCACGAGUUCAGGUUUUCCCACCUGUUAACUUCACCCUCACAGUCUGUGCAUUAGCACAAGUCCUGUUACACUGGGAACCAAACCCUGCCCAAGACCAAAAAAACGACACCAUUAGAUAUGAUGUGAAAAUCCUCAGCCCUGUGCCUGAAGAGUAUGACACCAGGAAGACCCACAGUGUCCGAACGGUCGCGCUCCACGACGGCUUCUCCGCACGCGUCCGGACGUUGCUUCUCCACAACGACCUUGAGAUGAGAAGUGAGUGGGUGCAGGAAAACCUCCCACCUCUGCCAGGUGCUCCGGAGACAUCCAUCACCAAUCUGUCCUGUGUCACUCACCUCACUGUUUUGGGGGCUGUCUCUCUGCACUGCUCGUGGCUUCCUGGCCCAGGGGCACCACAAGAUACCGAGUACUUUCUGUUUUACAGGUACAAGAACUACACUGAGGAAUGUCACCGUUAUGCCAAAGACAAGUGGGACAGGAAUUCUGGCUGCAGCUUUCCAGGGACUCACAUUGAUCCCCAGGAGGUUGAUGAUCUCGUAAUCCACAUUAAUGGGUCCAGUAAACAUGCUGCAAUCAAGCCUUUUCAGCAGUUAUUUAACCCAAAUGCCAUUGAGAAAGUGAAUGUUCCCAGAAAUAUCACUGUAUCCUUGGAGGAAAACGAGCUCCUGGCCACUUGGGAGAAGCCAAUUUCUCUUUUCCACGAGGAAUGUUUUGAAUAUGAAUUUUACCUCGUCAACCUGAAGUCAGGUAACCAGCAGAUAUUGAAAUUAUCCUCAAACAAAUUCCGCUUGAGGAUUGAUGUCACCAGCAGAUAUUCCAUCCAGAUCAGAGCCAAUCAUCACACGUGGUGUAUGAGAGGAGUUUGGAGUGACUGGAGUGAAGUCAUUUAUGUUGGGCAAAACAAACUGGAGAACUCUGUAGCCUGGAUUCUGGCUGUGCUUUGUGUGUCCACGUCCUGCACAUUCCUGCUUGUUGCUUUAAUAUGCAAAAUAAACCGUGUCUGGAGCAAACUGUUUCCACCAAUCCCAACACCCAGCAACAAAUUCCCAGAUCCCUUCCCAGUCGACUACGAGCCCCAAGCAGCCCCAGCUCCCAGCUCACCAGGGGUUUGCUUUCCAGAGGGCCCGGACCUGCACCAGCGACACAGAGACCGAGUUCAGCAGCUUGGCUGAAGAUCUUUACUGCAGAGCCCUGGAUGACUCUGUCUUCUGAGAGGCUGCUCCGUGUCACCUCCGUGUGUCCACAUUCCCAACAGGAAGGAGGACUUGCUUCCCCUUGCUUCCAUGAGCUGCUGAACACAAAGUCCCAGCUGAAAGAGGAUAUAAGCACACAGCCCAAGGGCUGUGUAGGGAAAAAAGUCUGGAAAAGAGCUAAUGGCUUUUUUUUUCUGGCUGGCAGUUUAAUCUUUUGGAUAUUUGUUUUAACUAACUUUGACAACUUGAGGUGCAAAAUGCAAACUGGGACUUGGCACGGCCCUGGGAGUGGCAGCAAGGCACCCAGCCAUGGUCCUGGUGGAGACCAAGGUGGGUCAAACAUUAGGAAAAGAAUUAAAGAAGCUGUGAAGCCUCCCAGUGCUCUCAUCCCUGGUGCUGUAGCAAGUCCAGCAUGAGAGCGGGAUCCGCGUUUGGCCUCACUGAUACACUUUGUAAU